UAAAGAUUUAGUAUCUUGGCCAGUGAAUAAUUAAAUAUUGCAGCACAUAAUUAAAUUUUUGGUUCCAUGAUUGAGGACUUAAAACUGCAUUUGAACCAAUUAUGUUGGUAACUGUUUUAGACCGCGAGAGUGAACGAUGAUAAAGAGAUUCGGAACUGUCUUUCUCUAUGUUCAUUUUACGUUUUGAAAACAAGCGUUUUCGCGUCCGUCACGCCCUUCCCCUCAAGGGUGGGGAUGAUUGACGGGUGAAACGGCCAAUCACAGGACACUUUUAACACAUGACGUCGUCGGCCUUGACCAAUGGCUAUUGUAGUAAAGGCGGGCCAUCAACAGCCUAACAGACAGUCAGCCGGCGGAUUUAUGCACCGAUAGAUUUUAGUUUUAUUUUCUAAUUCGAACGGAGACCGAGUUUCAACGAGUCCAUAGCAGCUGAUCUCUUUUUUUUUUUUAAAUCAUAUUGUUGUUCAUUGUUCUGGGGAAACAACGAGUCUCUGAGUCUGCUGCUUCAAUCAGUGAUCCGAGGAAAAUCAUAAGACGCUGUACAUUUUCCGUUUUUCUUACUUGAUGUCAAACAAUACUGGCUCUACUAUGACAGGAGGUCCUGACCAUAAACAAGAUGAAGAGGGCCUCAGGCACUCAGUGGUUCGCUUCCAGAGCUACUUGCAUGGCGGGACAUCCAGCCUGCUCUCCACCAUCCCCACCCUCAUAGUAUUCCCUGUGUACAAGACAGUUUUCCGUCAACAAAUCCACAACAACCCAGUGCAUCAGGCAGUGGGGCAGCUCUUCAAAGAGGGACCUGUUAAGCUCUACCGUGGGGUUGCACCACCUUUAUUGAUGAGGACUCUGAAUGGCACCCUGCUCUUUGGUCUACAGGACACAAUCCUAUGCCAACUCUCGUCAUCACCCCAAAACAACAUCUCCGCUUCUGCGCUGCCUGCUCUGGCUGGGUUUUGGGCAGGUAUUGUAGAAGGUGUGGUGUUCACCCCCUUUGAGCGUGUGCAAAAUGUGUUGCAGAAUAGCCAGAAUGACCGUCAUCUACCCUCACUGAAGAGUGUUCUUCUCAGGCUGAAGGCACAGAGUCUGGCCUUAGGGUACUACAGAGCGUUCCUGCCCAUCGCAGCCCGCAAUGCCCUCGGUAGCUCACUCUACUUUGGCCUGAAGGGGCCGGUAUGUGCCGCUGUGGCAGCAGAGGGACUUUCUCCAAUGGCCUCCUCCUUUGUGUCAGGGGCACUGACCUCCAUGGUGAUCAGCCUGACUUUGUACCCACUCUCUGUGCUGGUGGCAAAUAUGCAGGCCCAGGUAGGAGGAGAGGUGCCAGGGGUCAUGACUUGUUGGAGGAAGCUGUGGAGGUCCCGAGACAGGAGCGUGGCAAUGCUUUACAGGGGGGGUUCCCUCGUUAUUUUGAGAUCGUGCAUCACGUGGGGAAUCGCGACUGCCAUGUAUGACAGACAGAAGAAGGAGUCAGGCUGAAGAAAGGCAGAGAAACUCUUUAAGCUUUCAAAUUGUCUGGCUGAAAAUAGUCUCUCUUGCUCUGAAAUCAUCCCUCGAAAAAGUACCCAACCCCAUUUCCUGCAGCUGUUUCAACCAGUUAAAUGACUUCGGCCAAGAUAAUGAUCCAUCAUCUGCAGAAUGAACUGUAUAUACAAGGUCAAAGUAUCACUGCCGUGACGAGUAGUUAUUCUGAGCCAAAGUUUUUAGUGUACUCGAAAUAUAUUUUCAGUGCUGGUGAA